AGCAGUUUGAAUGAAGUUUCCUAAGAUAAAAUUUCCACAUAAAAGACGAAGGCGGCCAUAGCAAAUCAUUAGUAACGAAAAACUUUCGAACACGACGAUGACUACGACGAAAAUCACCAGGUUGACAUUGCUACUACUGUUCGCCUCAUCAGUGGCAGCCCAAGAAGCAAAAGGAUAUGGUGUUACUCAGGGUAUCAAUUGUUAUGGCAAAGAAUAUGUCUGCGUUGGCCCAUUAAACUACAAGCAUUGUGAAUGGGAUGCUCAAGGAAAUACCUAUGCUUCGGGUAGCGUGAUACAGUGUCCCCCUAACCACCGUUGCGUGAACGAUGGAGUAGAAAUUUGUAUACCGCUUAAAUUAUCUACAACAGCACCUCAAGCAGCGCGCCUAAUCACCUCAGAGCAAAUACCCGUCAACUCAAUAUCAACUGAAGCUCCCGUAAAAAUUAAAGAAUUAAGAUGGGAAUCCACGUCUGCUAUACCGGAUACCACAACAGAUAUAGUAGUAAAUAAAGAGCCAUCAAGUAUUCCUGUUGACACAACUACUGUCGCAGAUGGUUCAAUAUGGACCACGUUUUUAACAGAGAAUCCGAACUCUUAUAAUACACUCGAGCCGAAAUCAGCUGAUCCCAAUUUCCAGUUUGCUACUAGUCCACCCCUUGAGACAACAACGGAGGCUAUUUUAGAAACUACGUCACUUCAAUACGAAACAACUACUACUUCGGAUACUUAUGUGACAUUAACUCCAAUUUCAUCGGAUGAUUCCAGUGUACCAGUAAACUCCAAUAAUGUCUUGGAGACGGGAUCAAAAAUAGAUGAUACGCAUAUAGCUUUUGUUACAACAACUCCGGAAAAUCAAGCUUAUGGCACAACCACCACUAUAAACUUUUCCGCUGAUCCCAAUUCCCCAGAGAAUUCUUAUUUGUUAGCUAACUCAAAUAUUUUUGAGAAUCAUGAUUCCACAAUGUCUACGAAUGAAUUUUCAGAUUCGACAACAGAGAUACAUCAUGAAACUACAGUAACUGCAAAUUUGGAGAACUAUGUGGAAUUUGAAACUAAAGCGCCAAUAGAUGCGAGUCUUUCAAUAUCUCCAGACAGCUCAACUCUUACAACACAGCUAAUUUCACUUGAAUCCAACACACCAGUUGACCCGAACGAGUCAAAUCUGAAGGAUAAAACUCCAGUCGAUCCCAAAACAUCAUCCGAUCCUAGCACACUGCCAAGUCUAAGCUUGCCGGUUGAACAAAACGCCCCAGUAAACCCUAACAUUUCGAUAAAUUUAAGCGAAUCAACUGGUCCUAAUACUAUAACUAUUCCCGUUGUCCCAACCAAUUCAAGUGCUUCAUCUGAUCCCAGUGUAGCAGCAAGUCCGAGUUUACCAGCUGAGCACAACCUGCCAGUAGGCUCCAACACAUUAGUCGAAUUAAGUUCAACAAAUCUUAAUACAACAAAAAUUCCCGUGGAUAAAGCCAAUUCGAUCAUUCCAAGUGAUCCAUCUGAACCAAACGAAUUAAGUGCGCCAACUGAUUCUACUGCAACAACCAUUCCUGUUGAAGAAUCCAAUACCAUCGUUCCAAGUGCUUCAUCUGAACCCAGCGCAUCAACAAGUUCAAGUUUACCAGAGAACUCUAACAUUCCAAUUGAAUUAAGUGCGUCAACCGAUGUUACUACAACAACUAUUUCUGUGGAAGAAUCUAAUUCAAUCGGUUUAAGUACUCCAUCUGACAACACAUCAGCAGGUUCAAGUUUACCAGUAAACUCCAACAUCCCUAUCCUAUUAGGUGGUUCAACAGAUCUUAAUACAGCAAAUAUUCCGGUGAAUAAAACCAAUUCUAUCGUUCCUAGUACUCCAUCUGAUAACACAAAAGCGGGUUCAAGUUUACCAGUAAACUCCAACAUCCCAAUCGAAUUAGGUGGAUCAACAGAUCUUAAUAAAGCAAAUAUUCCGGUGGAUAAAACCAAUUCAAUCGUUCCAAGUGCUCCAUCUGAUAACACACCAGCAAAUCCAAGUUUACCAGAAAACUCUAACUUCCCAAUUGAAUUAGGUGGAUCAACAGAUCUUAAUACAGCAAAUAUUCCGGUGGAUAAAACCAAUUCAAUCGUUCCAAGUGCUCCAUCUGAUAACACACCAGCAGGUUCAAGUUUACCAGUAAACUCUAACAUCCCAAUCGAAUUAGGUGGAUCAACAGAUCUUAAUACAGCAAAUAUUCCGGUGGAUAAAACCAAUUCUAUCGUUCCAAGUGCUCCAUCUCAUAACACACCAGCAAAUCCAAGUUUACCAGAAAACUCUAACAUCCCAAUCGAAUUAGGGGGAUCAACAGAUCUUAAUACAGCAAAUAUUCCGGUGGAUCGAACCAAUUCAGUCGUUCCAAGUGCUCCAUCUGGUAACACACCAGCAGGUUCAAGUUUACCAGUAGACUCUAACAUCCCAAUCGAAUUAGGUGGAUCAACAGAUCUUAAUGCAGCAAAUAUUCCGGUGGAUAAAAUCAAUUCUAUCGUUCCUAGUGCUCCAUCUGAGUCCACACCAGCAGGUUCAAAUUUACCAGUGAACUCUAACAUCCCAAUCGAAUUAAGCGGAUCAACAGAUCUUAAUACAGCAAAUAUUCCGGUGGAUCGAACCAAUUCAGUCGUUCCAAGUGCUCCAUCUGGUAACACACCAGCAAGUUCAAAUUUACCAGUGAACUCUAACAUCCCAAUCGAAUUAAGUGGGUCAACUGGUUAUAACUCAGUUAGCAUUGCAAAUCCUAGCUUACCAGUUGAGCGUGACUCUUCCUUAGGCGAUGCAAAUCAAAUUGACUCACGGGACUCUAUUAAUAAGAAUGAAACAAGCCCUUCAAUUCAUCUUAGUGUCCCUAAAACCCCAAGUAACCCAAUCGGUUCAGGUGCUUCAGCUAACUUGCCGGUUGAUGAAAUAACAAUUGUUAAAAACAAACCUUUAGAAAAUAACUCGCCGUCAAGGAAUCAGCCAGCUGAACCAAUGGCACCAAUUAACUCAAACUCACAUUCAGAUCCCAAGAUUUUAAGGCCAAUCAGUCACAUUACUUCAACAAAUUUUAAUCAUGUGAGGCCAAGUUCAUCAGUUAAUCCAAACACGAUAAUUAAGUCUAAUGGACAUCAACCAAAUGGAAUUAAUGUUCCAACCGAUUUUAGUCCUUCAGCGGAGCCAAACACAUCUUCUGACCACACAUUACCAAUUCAUUCGAGUGUUUUACGCACUGGCUUUACAAAAUUGUACCUGCACUCUCGUAAUAAAGGAAGCAACGCUAAUGGAGGCGGAGAUAAUGGUUUCCUACUUUUACCUAGGCACACUGUUGUAUCUAGUUUUUCAGGCUUGUCCAAAAAGCCUAUCCAUCAGGAACCUGUAGAAAUAGAGUCGAGUGAAAUUAACUCUUCUAAAUCAGGUAUUAAAAAUGAGGACUCGAUUGAAGUAAAAUCAAAGGAAAAUAGUAAAAAGUCGAAGAGGCCAAAGAAUUCCAGGGAUAAUAAGCAAAAUCAAGAAACAGAAGAAGGAGAAUCAGAUGAAGUUUAUUUUGCUGAAAAAAGCCAAAACAAGGAUACCUCUUUGGAAAACAAAUCUGGAGCAAAUAGUAAAGAAUCCAAGGAUAAUAAGGAUUUGGAAGAGAACAAAAUUAAAGUUGAACGCAAGCCUGAUGACGAAGACGACGAAAAUUCAUCAAGUGAGCAGAAGGAAAUAAUUAAGAAAAUCGUAAAGAAACUGAAAGACAGCAAAUGUGAUGAAGAUGAUAUUUACCCAGACCCUAAAGAUUGCAAAAAAUUCUACCGAUGCGUGAAAAAGGAUCACAAGACCAGGAUAACUCAUCUACGCUGCGAAAGUGGUGAUCGUUUUGACUCAGACAAACUCAAAUGUGUAGACAAACGGAAGGCCAAAUGCUUAUCUAAAGAAGAUUUUAUAGAAGAGUUCGCUUAAGUCACGUAAUAGACGCUAUCGUCAACAUUGUCAACAUUUCAAAGAUAGUCCGAAAUUUAUUAAUUAUUAUCCAAUAGAUUAUGUACAUGUAAUAUAUUUUCAAAAACUUAAACCUGUAACACUAGUGAUAGUUUCCAAAUGAGGAUCGAUUAAACAUAUUCAACUGUAA